AUGGACGACGAGCAAAACGCCGCUUCCCAGCUCGGCGGCCUCGCCCUCGGCAACGUCCUCCGCGACCUCGGCAUCGACACGCAACACCCGUCCGACCUGCACCGCCUCGGCAUCGCCUCCGCAAACACCGUACUCAAGAGCGAGGAAAUCUACGACCACCGCUUCUUUGACGACGACGAAGAAGACAAUGACCAGUACGGCGACGCACGCAACGCCCACGACCGCGCCUCGACGCGCCCGCUGGGCACCAGCAACCGCGCCAAUGGCGGCGCAAAGGACUGGGAGCGCGAGGUCGACGACGAGAUGCGCAGGGAGCUCGCCCAGGAGAGAGACUCGGAGGAGAGGGCCGCACUCGACAGGUACUACAGGCAGGGAAUGGCACAGCUGGAAAAGCCCACCACUCGCCUGCGCGGCGAAGACGACGACUUUGACGAUGACGACGACGGCGACGGCGACGUCCAGCGCGGCCAGGACCACCAGGGAGAUGACGACGACGCCGACGACGUCCCGCUCUCACGCCAACAGCAGCAACAACCAGGGCGGGGUCCCACCUUUGACACUGGCUCCGUCAAGAUCAAGUCAGAGAUCGACGACGACAGCGCCACCUCACUCUUCUCGCUCCCAACCCCAACCAACAGCACGCCAGCAGCCGGCAUCGUAUUGCCCACCGGCGCAAAGUCGCCGCAGCCGCGCACCCCUCCCCCGCAACAACCACCGACCCGCGCUCCGCUCAUCGACAUCGACGAGGUUCGCCGCCUCUUUCCCGACUUUGACCCAGACAGGGUCCUCAACUUCACCGACCUCUUCGCCACCCGCCCCGCCAAAAAGCGCAAGCUGGCUGCGAAACCAGCCCAGUUCCAUCUGCAGCCUGACGAUGAGCUGCCUGUGCCCCAGAGCACGCGCGAGCUGCUGCUGCUGCGCACCACCCGCAGCACUCCCCAAGAGCCGCCCCUGGUCUCACAGCUGACCAACGACCUUGUCAAUGCCGCCCGUGCGCCCGGAGACGAGGCAGACUCUGACGAGGGCGGCAUCGAAAUCAUCUCGACCGCGGGGGUUGCAUCGGCAGCAAAAAGUGCGGCAGCACGGCGCAGCAGACCCAAGCUGGCGAUGGUCGAGCUCGACGACUGGGAGGAGCGGAUCGCCUGGGGCAACGCCGAGCGAGUGCCAGAGGACCAGCAGCAGCAGCUGCUACCCUCGGCAGACGGCGACGAGGCUCUUUCAUAUGACUCGGCCUCGGUCGAAGCGCUCGAAGACGGUCCGCUGAUGCCCAGCAUCGACAAGCCCUUCAGCCACGAACUGGCCGGAGGUGGCUGGCUGCGCGGCAUCAUCUGGGACGGCAGCUGCUCCUUUGAAGCCUUUGACCAGCUCGUGCUGGACAUGAACGACCCGCAGAUGAUGCUCGAGGAGGACACGGGCCCAAAGGCAAAGCACACGUCCCUCUUCCGGGCGGAUGCGCCCUCUCAGACGGCCGUCGAGCAGCGCGGUGCCGCCGCCGGGUCGAGGCCCACGGCCGAGAUGGACCCCUUCAACCUCUCCAACGACCGCUUCUACGAGCAGGCGCGCGAGCACCGGCAGCGCGUCCGCCAAACGCUCGGCAAGCUCGUCGUCCAGCACGCCUGGCCCGCCACCAAGCUGCAGCUGCCCUGGUACAAGACCAAGCUGACCAAGGCCGAGGCUCGCUCGUUUCACCGGCCGGCGAUGCAGUUCCCGACCAACAUGCCGCUCACGUUUUCAAAGACGCGGUCCUCGAAGAAGAAAAAGGACGGCAGCGGCAACGCCAAGAAGGCCAAGGACCCCAACGAGGUGCUGCGCACCACGCGCGACCUGACGCUCAAGGACACGGGCCCGUACGUGCUCUACGAGUAUUCGGAAGAGUACCCGCCGCUGCUCUCCAACCUCGGCAUGGGCAGCUUGCUGGUCAACUACUACCGCAAAAAGUCGCCCCAGGACGAGCACAUCCCCAAGCUCGACAUUGGCGAGCCCUACGUGCUCGACGUGGCCGACGAGUCGCCCUUUAUGAAGUUUGGCAACAUCGAGGCGGGAAAGGUGCAGCCGACGCUCUACAACAACCUGGUGCGGGCGCCCCUCUUCCGGCACAAGCCUGCCCACACCGACUUCCUCCUGAUCCGCAGCACGACCAAGAACGAGAUCCGCUACUACCUGCGCGAGAUCAAGAACCUGUUCGUCGUGGGCCAGACCUACCCCAUCCAGCCCAUUCCCGGUCCGCACGCCCGCCUGGUGACCAACAACAUCAAGUACCGCCUGCAGAUGAUAGCGUACAAGCUGAUCCAGAAGAGCUACCGGCAGCGCAUCAAGAUCCACCGCCUGAUGCGCUACUUCCCGGACCAGAACGAGCUGCAGAUGCGCCAACGUCUCAAGGAGUUUAUGGAGUACAACCGCAAGGCGGGCGACGUCAACCAGGGCUUCUGGAAGCUCAAGCCGCACAUUGUGGUGCCCGACGAGCAGGAGCUGUUCAAGCUGCUGCCACCGGAGCACAUCGCGCUGGCCGAGAGCAUGCAGGUCGGACAGCGACACCUGCUCGACGCCGGCUACACCAAGUCGGCCGAAGGCGCCGACGAGGACGGCGACGAGAGCAAGAUGGACAUCGAGCAGCUGCUGGCGCCCUGGAUCACGAGCAAGAACUUUAUCAACGCCACCCAGGGCAAGGCGAUGCUCAAGCUGCACGGGCCCGGCGACCCGACGGGCCGCGGCGAGGCGUUCAGCUUCAUCCGGGUGUCGAUGAAGGAGAUCUUCCUUCGGGCGGGCGAGGAUGCCGACGAGCGGAUGGCGCAGGCCGAGGCCGAGGCCAAGUCCAAGUCCGGGCACAAGUACAGCGUGGCCGAGCAGCAGGCAGUGUACCGGAGCGAGGUGGACCGGAUCUGGAACGCCCAGUGCCGUUCGCUGUCGAACCCGGUGCCGCCGGAGCUGACGCCCGAAGACGAGAAGGGCCCCUUUUUGGGCGGCGGUGCCAGGGGCCACGGACGCGCCCAGUCCCGUGCCGACUCGAUCCGGCGCGAUCGGAGCCCGAGCCGGGUGAGCACGCCCGGACCCGGCGGCGAAGGUCAGGACGGCGGCGAGGGGUCUCGGGUGCUGUGCAUCCGACGGCUGGUCAACGGCAAGUGGCAAAAGGAGAUUGUGCGCGACGCGGCCGUGAUCAACGCGUACGUGACGCAGCGCAAGAAGAUUGAGGACGAGAUGAUUGCCACCGAGGACCUGGUGCCCACGGGGGACGAUGCCAUCGACGCGAGCCGGAUGAAGCGGCUGCAAGAGGAGCUGGCGCAGCGCAAGAAGAACCAGGAGCGGCGCAUCCAGCGCAAGAAUGCCAAGGCGGCGGCCGAGGGGCUGGCGAUCCCGGGCGGGUACAAGAAGCUGCUCAACAAGACCGACACCAAGCGCCGGUGCGGGCGGUGCGGCGAGGUGGGCCACAUGUCGACCAACACUUCGUGCCCCAUGUACCCAAAGGACGGCUCGGGCGGCAAGAACGGCGCGGGCGGCGGCUCGGCGAGCGGGCCGGGGACGCCGGCGGGCGGCGGAGGGCGACCGGGUCUGCCGCACCUCGGGACGGGCAGUGGCUUCUUUGGACCGGGAACGCCCGGCGGUGGUGGCGGCGGUGGCGGAGGAGGAGGGAGUGGGGCUGGGGCGGCGACAGCUGCAGCGGGUGGCUAUGGCGGGAUGAUGGCGGGCGGCGAUGCUAGCUCGCCAGCGGCCAGCGGGUCGGCGCAGAGCCCGCCGUCGUCGUCGGGUGGCGGAGGUGGGUUGAAGCUGAAGCUCAAGAAGCUAUCGAAGCCGUCGUCGUGA